AUGUCUUCUUCAUUUAUUACUGUUGAAAAACGUCACUUUGAAUCUCUGCUACAGAGCUUGCAGUAUCAACUCAGUUCAGUACAAAAGCUAAAGGAGUCGCUUUUGAAUGGCGGACUGUCUCAGGAAACUCUCGAUAUAUUGAUAUACGGUUCGCCACCGCUGUCCGAUUCUCGGGGUAGCAGUAAGACGUGCGCUGGCGGCUUCUUAGAACGCAAAAAGCCUCCAUCAUCUAGAAGACCAAAUGUAUCCAAUGAUCACAGGCGUUGGGAAAGCUACGAUGAUGAUGAUAAUGAUGAUGAUGAAGAGGGUGUCCUGCUAGCUUCCCAAGAUAGUGAUAGGGAUGAUUACGAUGACUCCUCUAGAAACUCAGGGUCGUCGAUAGCUUCAACCCCUCAACGAACCAUUCUACUUCGUGGCCUCCCCGAUCGUGUUACUCAUAGAGAUGUUGUUGAAGCCUUAAAGGGCGGCGCUCUUCUCCAUAUUCACCUUCGAACGCGGGAGCGCAUGGCCAGCAUUUCGUUCGUCGAGGAGGCAAACGCACAGGAGUUUAUUCAGCAUGCAAAAAGUCACGGGGUCUACAUUGCUGGAAAGCGUGUGGAGAUAUCUUGGAAUGACCGCCAGUUUUACCUCCCCCCCUUUGUCAGGGCUAAGAUCAACAACGGAGCUUCACGUAAUCUUGUCCUAUACAACGUGCACCCCAACGUCACGGAAUGGCUUAUUCGGAAGGACCUCGACCAUAUCCAUAACCUCAUCGUCAUCACAAUCAAAUUUAAGAAUGGAAACGCGUACAUUUCCACAAACUCCGUGCAUAACGCGCUGUUUGCACGCUCUUGUAUGAUGUCUCGGCUCACAUAUAAGGGAAUGAGGAUUGCAUUUUAUCCGGAUGAGUGCGCUGAGCCUCUGACCAAGGUUGCCAACGGCUUAAAGAAAGAGUCACAGGUACCUUCAAAAAAAUCUGUUUCGGUUCUCAAUCGGUUCCAGCUCCUUUCUCUUGACGGGGCCGAGGAAGAUGAAACUGAUCAUGAUCACGGUCAAGCUGGAUUGGAUAGUUACCAUCAGAACACUGCACUGAAGGUGCAGCACUAA